UUCUGUUGAGUUUUUUGUCUACCUAUUAACACAAUUUCUUUAACUUAUGUAGGGAAAUUUUUGUAGUUUUGCUUACAGCUUCUGAUUGUAGAAAUGCUUAUAAAUGUAGCUUUUGAGGAUUGUGAACUACAAAGCACAUUUCCUGAAUACAGGAGACUUACUGAAUUGACUAAGACUUACUGUAAAGUUCCCUGGAAUUUUGAGGCAUCUGAGUCACACUAUUGGCUGUACAUUAUGACCCUCUUUGGCAAAGGAACAUAAAGAAGAAGCAAAACUGGAAGGUUGUCUCCAAGAUUGUACAUGUCAAACUUAUCUGUCAUUGAGACUUAACUGGUUUUGUUAUUUCCAUUCUAAUUAGUCUUUUGCCAGUCCUUAAUGUGGCAGUUAAUGGUGAUGAAUGACUCUUGCCCAAUAUUUUCUAAGACUGUUCCUGACUUUUAACUCUUGCUGUUAACUUGAGUUAUGUUUUUUCCAGAAGCAUGUUUUUUUUUUCUGCUGAGAUUGAUUUUAUUGUAUCUUAAACUAUUAGCUCCUUAGCUGUGGAUCCUUGCAGAGGAUACUAAAUCUGUUCAGCAAAAAAUUACCCCUUGUUGCAACCAUAUUCCUUCUUUUAGCUGUUAGUAGUCACCGAAGAAACAAGCUCUUGAAAAUCCUCAAAAUGCAAGAAGUCUUGCACAUUACUGAAAAUACUCAGGAUUCAGCAUUUCAUCUGAGUCUUAUCAACCAUAAGAAGAAAUAUUUGGCUGUUCUGCAAUAUCAGUUGACUAGAACAAAAUUUUCUUUACCUUGGGACUUUGACAUCUGACUUGCUAGAAAAGUGAUGAGACUGAUCUCUGCAAAGAUCAGUAGGCAAACUAAACACUGAACACUUGAAAAUGCAACCACAAAGACAAUAAGAAUGAUCAGAGUAAAGACUGGCUUGCCAAGCAAGUAGAGUGGAGAUUUUGUUCUCAGACUCAACAAAUAUGCUUUGUGUGAUGAGGUAUGUUAUGAUACAGCUUUGGUGCUUGUGCCGUUAAGUUACUUUUCAUUAAGGCUGGGAAACACUAAUAUGACUCUUGACUACAGGCAUAGUUUAAAAGAUUAAAGUUAAUAGUGGUAACAUAAGGAGAAGUUUCUAAAUAGAGCUAGCUCCCUUUGGGAAAAGGGAAGUAAAAACUUCCAUUCCAAAUACUCUAAAAUAUGCUUGUUGUGGUCAUUGAGCUGCUCGUAUUUUAAAGCAUACCACUUCAUUGUUGUCUUAAUGUUCCCAGCUGUUAACAGAAUAAUCAGCAAAUGUAGCUGGAUUUUGAAAAUGAAAGUGAUACUAUCGAAUUGUUUUUCUGCCUUCUGAAAAGUUUAUAUGGAUGUUGGACAAUGAGUUCCGCUUAUCAGUUUAUCAAAGUAGUCUCCACUGGUGGGAGGAAAGCAAUUAAUGUAGUUAUUUUAUCAUCUUGCAAUUUCAUGCUGUUGCCUCUGAAACCUCCUUCAGUUCUAACGUUGAGUGCUGUAGAAGAGCACUUGUCCCAAAAAAAGAGCUAAUGUUUAAAGAACUUCCAGACAUCUUGGAUAGUCUUGAUUUUGGUGUAUAAUUGAGGAUGUGUCCAAAUAGGGUGCCUGUGAGUGCCACUUUAAGUCUAGAAAGUUUGUUACAAAAAAUUAUUUACAAUUAAUUAUGUUUGUGUUUUGGUGUAAAAUAGUAAUAUGUGAAAUUGAAAUGCUGUCAUUGUAGAUGAUAAACGUAAUCACUUUUGUGACUUUUUAUAAGUGGUAGCUAGGUAAAAGAAAGCACUUAAGGUUUACCCUCUCAAUUAAAAUGUUAAAAUUUAACUGGUUUUCUCAUGUUUACCAAGGUUGUGAUUAGUAAAAUUCUAAUAACUUGUUUUCCUCUUCAAUUUCCUCUGAAAUGGAGGAUAGAGCCCUGAUGUCGUUAUCACUGCUUAGCAGCACUCCCUUGAUCUUAAAUACCUCCGACUUGGAAUGGUUUGACAUGUGGGGAAAGAUGGCAUAACUACUGCCAAGAGAUAAAGGAUGAAAGCGGAAGCCAAUGAGCAACAAACAGCAGAGAUGAUGCAUAAACAAAAGGGUGGCAAAACCUACUACUGCUUGUGGAAACUCUUUGUAAAUGUGUUGUCAGGUUACUUAGCAAUUCAGCCCUUGAACUCCUCUUUAAUCACCUGUUUCCAAGCCUUUCAUUGUACAUCAGCAGAUAGGAUAGCACCACAAGUAACUUCAAGGCAAUAUGAGAAGUAACCAUUACUGUUGCUUCUCAUCUCUUUCCGUCCUUGUCUACGGGCGGGUUAUUUUAACAACAAAAAGGUGAUUUGCAGUAUAGUCACCCUGCCCUAACUGGUGGGUUUUAUGGAUUGAAAUUAAAUCCAAAACACUUAAGCUUUUGUGGUCUUCUGUCCCAGAACAGACUUAAAAGUGAUUUCAGUCUUUUGGAACAUACAUACGUAGAAAACAUGAACAGAAUGUUUCCAGAGGACUAUUAAAAUGGAAAUGUAUUAAAAAUACUUCCUUGUUUGUGCAGAUGUGUAAAGUUCUCUUAAUAGCAGUGACUGACUACUGCUGGUAUCUUUCUGACCUUUUUUUAAAAUAAAGGUCAUCUUAACAUAUCCCUUUUACAGAGCUCUGAUUGUAGUAGUAGGCAGCAUGUGUCUCUAGUCUCAGUGUUUAAUCUGGAUAUGAAAGUGACUUUCCAACCUGGGAAACUAUUGUAGAGAUGUUGCUGUUAUUCACUGUUUAAAUACUUAUGAGCUUAUGUCACUUUCUUCUUUGGAAAGUUCAUGUUAAUUACAAACAUUACCCGUUUAGGCAAAUAUUAGCCAUUUCUUUCAGAUGUAGUCAACAUAAUUGCUGGUACUCUGACCUCAUUAGAGAAACAAUUUGGGUAACAGCUUGAAGUACAGGAAAAAGAGAUGCACUAACAACAAGCUUAAUAUCUGGGUAGCCCCACGCUAGAAAUGGUGCAUUUGUGUUUGCACAACAUAAGUUUUGCAAAGCAGAUUCUUCUAACAGAUACGUAGUAAAAUGAUAAACAUUUCAUUAAACAUGCUGAAGAAUCAUUUGUCACAGUUUACCAUAGCUGUUUUUAUACUUCAGGCUGAAGCAUGCAGUACCUAAUGACAUACAUAGUCACAGUGAAUCAUGUUUGUUUGCACUUCUUGAACACAAAUGCAAAUAUGGUAGUGUCUUAAGUCAUGAUUAUUGCUUUGGCAUUCAGCUAUAAAUGCAGAGAAAAGUCCUACUCAACCAGAGUCAAUAGCUAGAACAAGAAUAAAUCUAUAUACCUUAAGGUUUCAGAGGAACUUUGUGUGUUUUGUGAUGUUUACGCUUGCUUUUGUAACAGUUACGUAUGCUUACAAAAUCAGUAACUCAUUCAACAGUAUUGUUUCACAUAGAAGGCUGGGUUUCUGAUGGCUUGGGAGCAAUACAGCUGAGUGAUGUGUGACCUUCAGGGUGGUGAAGCCUGAUGGGAGCAUGUAGUGGUGCUAAAUGUUUUGCAGGAUCUGAAGUAAUUUGGUACCGAAGAAACCUUUUGUUUCAAUUUAAAGUUGCUGUCAGACUCCAUCCUAAGAAAUGUUCUGUGGGAAGUACACAGUAUGCUGUAUGGACAGUAGGAGAGGAAAUCUCUGCUCUUUUUCAGUAGAACUGAAGAUUGAUCUUGCUGCAGCAGAGAGUUACUUCUGAAAGCCAAGGUGACAUGCCUGGGGGAGAUCAGCACCAGGAAAGGUCCAAUAUCUGUCUGAAUUAAAGAUCUGCUACACAACUGCUCAUGUUAGAUGAAGAUUCAGACUAGACCAGAGUGCGGAACACCUGGAUUCAUUCUGCUCAGGCUCCUUGUCUGUGUGCCAGCCCUUCCUGUUUUUAAAGAUCCUGUUUACUGUCUGUGUUCCAAAUAUCCCAGGGAGAUGGCAGGAUGGGAAGAAACAAGGAAAGAAAACAACAUUAUUUAAGGAGUUGCACAGAAGUUUAAAAAAAGCUUAUUUGGGGAUAUACCUGUGCCUGAUACUGUUGGUUUGAUAGAGCAUAGAUAACCUACACGAGUGCUCAGUAAAUUAAAAUCCAUAAACACAGCUGGAUUGUUUAUUGAGUAGAAGGCAUUUUCUUAAGGUUUAUGCCUAUGAAUCACUGCUUGAAAAACUUCCCAUACGAAGUUAUCUAGAGACUUCAAAAUGCCUCCACGACCAUCAUCUGGUGAACUAUGGGGCAUCCACUUGAUGCCACCGCGGAUCCUUGUGGAGUGUCUUCUCCCAAAUGGAAUGAUAGUGACUCUAGAAUGCCUCCGUGAGGCCACCUUACUAACUAUUAAACACGAACUCUUUAAGGAAGCAAGAAAAUACCCCCUCUAUCAGCUCCUUCAAGAUGAAUCAUCUUAUAUUUUUGUAAGUGUUACACAAGAAGCAGAAAGAGAAGAAUUUUUUGAUGAAACACGGAGACUUUGUGACCUGCGACUGUUUCAGCCUUUUCUAAAGGUUAUUGAACCAGUAGGUAACAGAGAAGAAAAGAUUCUCAAUAGAGAAAUAGGUUUUGCUAUUGGAAUGCCUGUCUGUGAAUUUGACAUGGUUAAGGAUCCAGAAGUACAAGACUUCAGAAGAAAUAUUCUUAACGUUUGUAAGGAAGCAGUGGAUCUUCGAGAUGCCAAUGCACCGCAUAGUAGAGCAUUAUAUGUCUGUCCUCCAAAUGUAGAGUCUUCACCUGAACUACCCAAACAUAUAUACAAUAAACUAGAUAAAGGGCAAAUUAUAGUGGUGAUAUGGGUAAUAGUCUCACCAAACAAUGAUAAGCAGAAAUACACCUUAAAAAUCAAUCAUGACUGUGUGCCUGAGCAAGUUAUUGCUGAAGCAAUUAGGAAGAAAACGCGAAGUAUGUUGCUGUCAUCAGAACAACUGAAACUUUGUGUCUUGGAGUACCAAGGCAAAUACAUUCUAAAAGUGUGUGGCUGUGAUGAAUACUUGCUAGAAAAAUAUCCACUGAGCCAGUAUAAGUAUAUAAGAAGCUGUAUAAUGCUUGGUCGCAUGCCCAAUCUGAUGCUGAUGGCUAAGGAAAGCCUAUAUACCCAGCUGCCACUGGACACCUUUACAAUGCCAUCUUAUUCCAGGCGUAUCUCUACAGCUACACCCUACAUGAAUGGAGAAGCUACAGCCAAAUCCCUCUGGACUAUAAACAGUGCUCUCAGAAUAAGAAUCCUCUGUGCAACCUAUGUAAAUGUGAACAUUAGAGACAUAGACAAGAUCUAUGUAAGAACAGGUAUCUACCAUGGAGGGGAACCUCUGUGUGACAAUGUGAAUACGCAAAGGGUACCUUGUUCUAAUCCCAGAUGGAACGAAUGGCUAUUGUAUGACAUGUACAUUCUUGAUCUUCCACGUGCUGCUCGUCUGUGCCUUUCUAUCUGUUCUGUUAAAGGCCGGAAGGGUGCGAAAGAGGAGCACUGUCCAUUGGCUUGGGGAAAUAUAAACAUGUUUGAUUACACAGACACUCUUGUAUCUGGGAAAAUGGCUUUGAAUCUUUGGGCAGUACCUCAUGGCCUGGAGGAUUUACUAAAUCCUAUUGGUGUUACUGGAUCAAAUCCAAAUAAGGAAACUCCAUGUCUGGAGCUGGAAUUUGAUUGGUUUAGCAAUCCUGUGAAGUUUCCAGAUAUGACAGUGAUUGAAGAGCAUGCCAAUUGGACUAUAUCACGUGAACUGGGGUUUAACUACAGCUAUGCGGGGCUGAGUAACAGAAUAGCUAGAGAUAACGAAUUAAGAGAAAGUGACAAGGAGCAACUUCGAGCUAUAUGUACACGAGAUCCUUUGUCUGAAAUCACUGAGCAAGAGAAGGACUUCCUCUGGAGCCACAGACACUAUUGCGUGAAUACUCCAGAAAUUCUGCCCAAAUUACUUCUGUCUGUUAAAUGGAAUUCUAGAGAUGAAGUGGCCCAGAUGUACUGUUUGGUAAAAGAUUGGCCUCCAAUCAAGCCAGAGCAAGCAAUGGAGCUUUUGGACUGUAAUUAUCCAGAUCCAAUGGUGCGAGCUUUUGCAGUUCGGUGUCUAGAGAAGUACUUGACAGAUGACAAACUGUCUCAGUACUUAAUCCAGCUAGUACAGGUUCUAAAAUAUGAACAGUACUUGGAUAAUCAGCUUGUGAGAUUUUUACUCAAGAAGGCACUGACCAAUCAAAGGAUAGGACACUUCUUCUUCUGGCAUUUAAAGUCUGAAAUGCACAAUAAAACUGUAAGUCAGAGGUUUGGUUUACUUCUGGAGUCCUAUUGUCGGGCAUGUGGAAUGUACCUAAAACAUCUGAGCAGGCAGGUGGAGGCUAUGGAGAAGUUGAUUAACCUCACUGAUAUUCUCAAGCAGGAAAAAAAAGAUGAGACCCAGAAGGUACAGAUGAAGUUUCUUGUUGAACAAAUGAGGCGGCCAGAUUUUAUGGAUGCUUUACAGGGUUUUAUCUCUCCUCUUAAUCCUGCGCAUCAACUGGGAAAUCUUCGGCUUGAGGAGUGCAGGAUAAUGUCGUCUGCAAAAAGGCCACUGUGGUUGAACUGGGAAAACCCAGAUAUUAUGUCUGAAUUGUUAUUUCAGAACAAUGAAAUAAUCUUUAAAAAUGGAGACGACUUGCGUCAGGACAUGCUGACACUUCAGAUAAUUAGAAUUAUGGAAAACAUCUGGCAAAAUCAGGGUCUGGAUCUUCGGAUGUUGCCUUAUGGUUGUUUGUCUAUUGGUGACUGUGUGGGACUCAUCGAGGUAGUCAGGAGCUCUCAUACCAUCAUGCAGAUUCAGUGUAAAGGAGGCUUGAAAGGAGCAUUGCAGUUCAACAGCCAUACAUUGCAUCAGUGGCUCAAGGACAAGAACAAAGGAGAAAUGUAUGAUGCAGCUAUUGACUUGUUUACACGUUCUUGUGCUGGCUACUGUGUUGCUACCUUUAUACUGGGCAUUGGUGAUCGCCACAAUAGUAACAUCAUGGUGAAAGAUGAUGGACAACUGUUUCACAUUGACUUUGGGCACUUCCUGGAUCACAAGAAGAAAAAAUUUGGUUAUAAAAGGGAGCGUGUGCCAUUUGUCUUAACACAGGACUUCUUAAUAGUGAUUAGUAAAGGAGCCCAAGAAUGCACUAAAACAAGGGAGUUUGAAAGGUUCCAGGAGAUGUGUUAUAAGGCUUAUCUAGCAAUUCGGCAGCAUGCCAAUCUCUUCAUAAAUCUUUUCUCCAUGAUGCUUGGCUCAGGAAUGCCAGAACUGCAGUCCUUUGAUGAUAUUGCAUACAUUCGAAAGACCCUUGCAUUGGACAAAACUGAGCAGGAAGCUCUGGAGUACUUCAUGAAGCAAAUGAAUGAUGCUCACCAUGGUGGCUGGACAACAAAAAUGGACUGGAUCUUUCACACAAUAAAACAACAUGCUUUGAACUGAAAUGAAAGCAAAGAAAACAAGAACUGAUAGCCCACUUUGUGGGUACUGCACUGUUAAUACCCAUUAGCAGCAAAGACUGGUUGCAUAGGAAUUGCACAAACCAUGAAGAACAUCUGAAUUUAUGGCAAGAAAGGAGAUGAACUGCUCAGACAACUGUUGAAAAAUAAUGUAAAACAGGGUUUCAGAUAGCACGAAAAUUGUACACUUCAAAAAUUAAGCUUUAGUAUGAUGUGUGACUUCAUGUUAUGCCUUAAGCCCAAAAAGGUAAACUUGGAAGAACGUUUCCUUUUUUCUUUUGAUAGGAUAAAUUAGAAGGAGAAAGAAAAUAGUGCUAGCAUGAACAUAGAGUCCAUCACAUAUUACCUUAGAUCUGGUACAACAGGUGGAGCCUAUGCUGGAUUGACAAGGGUGGAAAGAGAAUUCAAGUGAUAGCAAAUAUUUAAAAUCAGCAUAGGUUGAAGGAAAGGAGUCUUAAGCUCAAAGAUCUAAAAACAAUAGUGAGAGGACAGUGCCUUUUAAAUGUGCUCAGAGGCAUUAACAGUUACGGGGUUUAGAUGACCCUUUGAUUUCUGGGUCAGUCACAUGCACAGUUUCUGAAAGCAGUAGGAAAUAGGCCCCCUUGGUAUGGUGUUUCUUCUGCUCAGUAUUUCUAGAGGUGCAAUUCAUACCUUCACAAAGAAACUCCCUGUCAUCCCCCAAAACUGACUAACCUGGAAAUUGAAUGGUCAAAUUGGGUUUAGUGCAACAGAGAGUUGUAUUGUUCAUCUUAGGUUUGGUUUAAUCUAACUUGAACUGAAUAGAUUUUUUUCAUACAUGUUUUCCAGAACCUAAAGAAAGGUGAGUUAUUAAAAUUAUUGAAAGAUUAUUUUUUUAUAAAGGCUAUUUAUAUAACAGGAACUAUUAUUAAUAUAUAUUCUUUAUUUACAUGAUUUGUCCAAUAUUCACUCUUUUAAUUUUGCAGCCCAGUUCUAUCUGUCCAAGGCUCCCGUUUCCAUUAACGUCACUGAAGGUGACCAGAUAUACUCCUAGGACCAAAUUCAACCCUGGUGAAAGAGGACACAAGUACCAUUAAAGCAGUGGGACAUACACCCACUAAUGCCAGAGGUGAACUUGGCCUAAGUCUCUUCAAAAAUUUUUUGGCAUCACUCAUCACAUUACUGAAGUGAUAUGCUGGCUAUUUAAGGAAUGUCCAUUUAAGCCCUCAGUCUUUGGGUCCACCAUUUCUCCUCUUUCUUCUUCCUUUGGAAGUGGUUGUUUAAUCCAGAUAACAUCAGUAACACAUACAUCAGAAAGAGAAAUUUAGGUUUUUCAAUAUGAUCAGUAAUAAGCAGUUCAACAUACAGCAGAUGCGUUGGCUAGCUCAAAGCAUGUGGAGUUACCAAACAUUUUAUAGCUUUGUCUGUUUUGUGUGUGUGUGUAAUAUAUAUUUGUAAAUGUAGUUGUUGUCCUCUUAACACAAUACAAUGUGUGCAAUCAGUUAAA